UUUCCAUUUCACGGAACACCAGCAGACCAACAUGGCGGGGUCCUCCCUCCGCCGGUCCGCUUGUUGUAAAUCAGUAUGGGAGUCAUUUUCCUAGUCCAUUCACUCUGUUUGCUGUUUACUUUUAUCACAGUUUAAAGUCUCAACAUGUCGUCAGAAAGGACCGAUUAUCGCUGACUUCUACCUCUGGGUGUAAAAAGCGGGAAGAGUUAAGUUUCACGAUACUUCCGGUUGCCCAGAUGAUCUCGGAGAGCAGUUACAGGGGGGAGGAGGUGAGCAGGAGGGAGGUGGGCUGCCAGUGGGAGAGUCCGGUGGAGGAGCAGAAGGAGGUGAGCUAUCAGAAGGGCUCGGCAGAAAGGAGAGACGCUGCUGUCCAGGUGGACCUGGUGACUCAGCAGCUCAGCUGGAGACACUGUACAGGUGGCCCAGGAGGGGGCGCUCUGCUGCAACACUGCAGCACAAACAGGACACGCACACUGGACACGGGAGAGCACAUGCACCACCUCCCCCCCCUCACACAGACUCAGCUACCCACAAUUCCUCUUUUCGGACCACCUGCACCUCCAGCUCUUCAGCAGCCCGGGACCAGUGAGACCCAACACACAAUCUCAAUGCCCAGCAUGCCUCUGUGUGAUCCCCCGCUGCCUCCUGCAGGUGUCUCAGCUCCUCUUCCUCCUCCUGGACUCGUCGCCCCUCUAGGCCCCGGCCUGGCUGAGGGGGACGGAUUAAGAUCUGUGAAAAAGAAGGAGGCGGAGCAGGCAGUGAGGCCAAGGAGGAAGAUGGUCGGUCCACCAGUCAGAUACCUGCUCGAGUCUGAGGAGGGUUCACAUGGCCUGUCAGUGGGCAAUCCUAGCAAAGUGAGAGGAGCAAAGGUGAAGAUGAAGCUGGGUUGGCUGAGGAAGGAGCACCGGGUGGAGGAGGAGGAGCAGAGCGAGUCCUGGCCAGACAAAAUGACCAACCACAUCACAGGAAGAGUUAACUUCAGUGUGAGGAGACCUGAUGGCGCCGUCCGCCUCAAGAGGAAAAUGGAUGAGAAGUCUCGACACAGAAGCCACCAGGACGGCGUCCAGUCAGAAGACAGGAGCUCUGUCCAAAAAGUCAGAAGCCAAAGACAACGAGGAGAAACGGACAGCAAAACAGGACAAGCUGCAGCACAAAUCCAACACACCCAAGCUGAAGGAGGAGGAAACAAAAUGAGGGAGGCGAUGGUAAAAAAAAUGUUGGGGGAGGAAGAAAGACAGAAGAGGAGGCGUACUGAAGGGGGGAGGAUGGGAAAUGAGGAGGCAAAGGAGGGUGGAGUCAAACCUGUGGAAACAGAGGAGACCGGACAGGUGGGGAGGCUGAGGAGGAAGAUGGUUGGUCCACCAAUUAGAUACUUGGUUGAGUCAGAGGAACGGUCACAUGGCCUGUCAGCAGCCCAUCAUAGCACAGUGAGAAGAGCGAAGGUGAAAUCAAAGCUGGAGAAAACAAGAUGGGAGCACCAGGUGGAGGGGGAGAGGAGAGGGGGGGUGGAGCCAACAGAGAAGACAGAUAACAACAGGGUGAAGUCCACGGGUGAUGGAGGAGUUGGCAAAGGAUGGCAGCUCUGCCAGGUGUGUGGUCUGACCUUCACCGGUCAGUGGUCUCUGCAGCUCCACCUGUCCGUCCACGGGGCAGGACGCGGCCUCAGCUGCCGCCUCUGCAACGCCAAGUUUAGCUGUGUCUACACUCUGCGUCUGCACCAUCGCUGCCAUCACGGAGAUGCUGACAACAAACAGGACGAAGAUUUCGACGCCCACAUCAGAGGACAGAGGGAGAGGAGAGGAUGGAGGAGUAAAGAGGGGGAGGAGAAGACCCUUGUCCAAACUGUCCCCAAGGCUCCUGAUUGGGCGGGAUGCCCAAGACGUGUGCGUAGAAAUCCCUGGUGGUGGUUUGACUACCGAAUCACAAUGAGGAGGAGGCAGGACACAGAGAGGUGGAGGAGACGAUGGGGGAGGGAUGGAGGAAAACGGGAGGAGAGAAAGACUUCUAGAGAGGAGGAGGAGGGGGUGGAACGAAUCUUUGAGAAGGAGGAGGAAAGACGGGCAGCGGAGCAGCCUCAGAGGCCAAGGAGGAAGAUGGUCGGCCCACCAAUCAGAUACCUCCUGGAGUCCGAGGAGCCGUCACACAGUCUGAUAAGAGCCAAUCAGAACAGACUGAGAGGAUGUAUACGGGGCAGAAAACCACAGAAGAGUGAAGCUGGGGGCGGGGCUUCAGAUGAUGCAGCAAUGACUGACAGCCCUGGGGACACAGAGCAGACAGACAGGCAGAAGGGUCAGACAGUCACAGAGAGACAGAUAGGAAAGACCAACUGGGACAGAGCGAACGGACCCAAAAGAGGAGGAGGAAGUCCAAGCAAGGUUGUGACUGACACUGAGGCUGGGGGCGGGGCUUCGGAGAUGACAGACAGGUCUGACGCUGCAGAGACACAGACAGGUUUGUACAGGCAGAUGCACCUGGUGCACAUUGACCUUCAAAGCAGUCAGGUGAGCGUCAUCUUGCCCUGCUGUGUCAGACUGCAGCGUCUUCCUCUGAUUGGCUGAGUAUAGUAUGAACAGGUGAGACAGGAAACCUGUGACUGUGUGUGUAGAGGUUUGUGUUUAAUGCACUUGUACAGAGUCUGUUAACAUCUGUCCAGCUUUUAGAUCUUGUAACAUUCAUGUCAAUAUCCAAGUUGUAAUUGCGGGUUCUUCUGUAACAUUUGGAGCUAAAUAAGACAGACGUGACCUUGAAUGUCUCACAUCAUCUGAAGUCCACCACGCUGAUUGCCCACCACUGCUGGUUUUUUAUCACAAGUUCAGUGUUGUUGAAGAGUCUGUUGACAAAGAGAUUGUUUUGUCAGAUGUGGAACCACCAAACUGAUUUAAUGACAGGAAAGAACAAAAAGAUUUGAAUCAAAUGUGUAUUUAUUGUUCAACAGACUGAAUAAAAUGGUGACUGUU